UCGCCCGAGCGGACCCUCGCCCUCCUCAAGCCGGACUGCGUCGCGAGUGGGGCGGCGGGCGAGGUGGAGGCUCUGAUCGCGGAGCACGGGUUCGAGGUCGUGCGGCGGAGGAGGUGGAGGAUGGGGGAGGGGGAGGCGGCGGCCUUCCUGCAGGCCUCAUGCUCGUCGCGCUUCUUCUCGGAGAUGGUCUCGUUUUACGCGAGCGGCGAGGUGGUCGCCCUCCUCCUGCAGCGGGCGGGGGCCAUAGGCGCGUGGAGGGAGCUGCUCGGGCCCGGCGACCCGGCGGCGGCGAGAGGGUACACGGACAGGCACGGCCGGGUGCGGCGCCCAAAGGCGCCGCGGAGCGUGCGAGCGCGUUGGGGGCGCGACAAGCAGGCGAACGCGGCGCACGGGUCGGAUUCGGAGGAGGCGGCGGGGAGGGAGAUCCGGUUCGUGUUU